AUGACGGAAAUUGAUCAUUAUGCUGUUCUAGGGUUACCAUCAGGCGAAGAAGGGGCAAAAUUAACUCAAGCAGACAUUAAGAAAGCUUUUAGAUCCAAAUCCCUAGAGUUACAUCCAGACAAGUGUCCUGAUGAUCCCAAUGCAAAUUCUAAUUUUCAAAAACUUCAAUCAUCGUACGAUAUUCUUAGAGAUGAAAUAGAGCGUAAACGCUUCCAUGAUCUAUUGAGGUCUCGUGCACAGGAUGAUUCCACAAAAUUUGGCCAAAUGAUGGCUUAUUAUCAUGAUAAAGUUGUUGCUUAUUUUUGUCCUCCUAAUCAUGAUAGACAAGUUCGAGAAGAAGAAGAGAGAUGUCGUAAGCAGUUGAGAGAAGCUUUAGCAAAACUAUUUAGGACGCUGUUCAACCUGGAACGUGGUUCUUCUGCUCCUGAUUCUGAAAGUAUCUCUUCUUCUCCUGAUUCUGAUAAACUAGCUCGAGAAAAACUAGCUCGAGAAGUAGAAGUUGAUAUAUGCGUUGAGCUGUCGUUGGUAGGUCUAGAAAUUAUGACCGUUAUCGGUAAAAUAAUUUCGAUUGGUAUUGCUGCUGGGAAAAGAUACUACCAAGCUGCUUCUUCGAUUGGUAUUGCUGCUGGGAAAAGAUACUAUCAAGCUGCUUCUUCUUUCUAUUCAGCAAAAGGGUUAGACAUGUUCUUCCGCUUCAGAAAAAGGGUACAAGUUGAUUAA